AGAGAGGGAGGGAGAUGAGCAGGAACAGCAGCGGCAGGCUGAACUCGGUGUUCUACGCGGAGUCGUACCACCCGAUCCAGGCGGGCAGCAUCGACGGCACCGACGUCCUCCCCACGACAACGCCGUCUACCGCGCCCACCUCUGCUCCUCCGCCGGCCUCUAUGACCCGUUUGGCGAUCCCAAGGCCGUGGGCGACCCCUACUGCACCCUCUUCGUGGGGCGCCUCUCCCACUUCACCUACGAGGACACUCUCCGCAAGACUCAUUAUGCGCAAAACUUCUGUUCAUGCAAUGACCUUCCUGGACUUGUUCCUCCACUACCAGAUGUUGGGAGGCAUAAAAAUCGGAGCAGGGGAAGAGUAGUAAGAGGUUCAAACCCAAAGAUAAAAUGGAGGAGACUUCAUAUCUGUGAAAUAAACCAACAUGAAGCCACUAGAUAUUCAGACAUCCAACUCAAUUGCCAGGUUUUGAUGCACAAGAACCGGCUUCUCAACAUAUGGGAGUCUCGGUAACUCUCGGUCGGAAUUUCAAAGUCUUCCGUCGAAAAUCCAAAGAUGGAAGACUUUCAAGUCUCAGUAACUCUCGGUCGGAAUUUCAAAGUCUUCCUUAAAAAAUCCAAAGAUGGAAGACUUCCAAGUCUCCUUUUUUUAGUAGACUUUUACAGUUUUUUCUUGCCCUUCAUUUACUCAAUGUAGAACAUUCAAAGAUAAAAGACUUUCAUGCAAUGAUUGCUAGGUCCUUUGUCAA